UAUAGAUAAAGUUAGUACUAUUUUCUAAAUUCUCAGUCAUCGUAUCUAUUAUUUUAACUAUUUACAAGCAGAACUCGGUCACAACUCAUCGACCAAUACGUCGCAAUGAGUGACAAGGCAGCCAAGAGUGGUGAGCAAGGAUGCGCCGUGAAUUUUGACCAGCCCCCAAAAGACGUCAAAUAUGGUUCUUUGGGCAAAGGAGCACAGGACACCACGCGUGGAACCCUUGCUCCAGGUAGCGGAAAUAAACGGCCAUCACUCGCCUUCCCCAAGAAUCCACCCCCGAAAGGGAUACAGUUUCCCUUUAUGGAGCCCAGUGAAGAGGCGGAGCGGAUUGUCCACACUGAAAGUCAUCUCCAUGAAGGGGCUGGGAACGUCAUGGGCAAGAUCCGUGUGGGUCACCAGAAACUCAUCUUUCCUGGCUGGCUCAUCGAGUUGGACGAGGCGAAGUUGAACACUAUAAUUAAAAUCAAAACCACAUUGGCCACUGGGAAGAAAAUCUGUGACAUUAUGAACGAACUUGCCACACCGGUUCGCGAGUUGGGCGUCACUAUUCCGAAGCAGGAAAUAAUCGAAGUGUUGCGAAGGAUCCCACUGGACGAAGAGAAAGGAUGGUCCUUUCCGCAUUUUAUGUUAGCCAUGGGCAGCCCAAAGCUGGCCAGAGAGAAGGGCGCUUUGCAAGACCCAAUUCCGUUUAAAUCGGAUGACUGUAACAAUUCUGCUCAGGCGCAGGGGGACAGUCGUACCAGCAAUUAUAAGAACAGUGGCGGCAAACAAAAGACCAAAGAACAGCGAACACAAGCGUUGGAACGACUCCAUCAACCCUACAAAUAUGACAAAGUAGACACGUGGCCACUUUCGGACGAGCAAGCCAGAGCUUUGGAAGAACUCCGAGCUCAGGAGGAAGUGGAACGGUCCAGAAGUCUCCGUCCGAAGAAGGAGUCGGAAGAGAUUGACCUCACGGGAUAUUCUCUUCGAGAGAAGGUCUUCUUUUCCGGCCUGCUCAUCUUUGAGAUGUAUCAUACCAUCCGGGCCGUGGAAGAUCUUUACUUCCAAAGCGACAAUAUUCCGGUGCCAAAAGAGAAAACUAUCCUGGACCAGGCGCGAAGGGGGUUUGGCAUCGAAUCGGCUGGAACGAGGAAGCUUGGAUUUGCGGAGUGGGACCGUCCUCUGCCCCCACUUCCUUCUGCCUCCCCGUACAAGGGAAAUUUGCCAUUUGUCGCCACAAGGUGGAAGAUCACGCGUCCCAACGAGGAAGAAAGGACACGGAGAAGAACGCUCACAACUCUGCAACCUCUUCAUCUCAUGGUCAAUCCACCACCCAAGAUGAAGGGCAAAAUCAAGGUGACGGAAAAUCAAGGGAGAAUCAAGCGAGCCAUUGACUAUCUGGCUUCGAUCGGAAACUGCCUAGCAAAACUUCCGUUUGCCCAUUGCAUUGUUCAUCUGAGCGACACUUUUCUUCAAAAACUGGAAGAGAUAAACGUGCAUAAUCUUCAAGGGGAUCCAAUUCCAGAAGUCAAGCCGAACAACGAUCUAGCCAAAUUGCAACGAGAAGUCAAAGAGCUCUUAUAUCUGUACGGAUUACCACGGAAAAUCGACAAGAUGAAGCAUCUAAUUGACUACAAUUCUGCCGUGUGUCUCAGGAAAAUUUGUGAUCACAUUAAAAAACAGCACUGGGAGUUUAUCUCAGAGAAAAAGGUCGAAUUUCGAAACAAGGCAUGGGAGCUGAUGCAUGUAAGAACACGAAAAUUGAUUACAUAUUUAAGGUCGAUAAUUGCUCAGUUAGAAAUAUGUGUUAGAAUUUACAAUACGGGUUUUGCAAAUUCAGGUGGAACGAAUUCCAUGCGGCCCUCUUCGUGAAAACUUUGUGUACACGUUCAACACGUACCUGCCCUACAAGUCUCAUCUCCCAGUGGUCAGUGAUACUACUCCGAAUCCACUCUGAUAAGCCCUGCUCAAGAGACCAAAUUCUCCGUGAACUUCCAUUACUUUAUCAUUACUCACUGCCCCAAUAUCCAAAUUAUUGUUAGUAUCAUGUAACUUAUCAUACAAAUCACCAACUUAAUUAGUAAAAGCAGAUCGUGCUAUUAAUAACAAAAUGACGUU